UAGGUCGUGUUGUAAAAAUAAUGGUGUACCUAACAGAACAAGAAUUUGGAACGUGGAAUGGGGAAACAGUGAAAAAGUUCACGUGGAGGACCGAGAGUGGAUUUUCACUUACCGCUCUCUCUUUUGGCGCUAUUGUACAAAAUAUUCAUGUACCAGACAAGGAUGGAAAUUUAAGUGAUAUUGUACUAGGAUUUGAUGAUCUCCAAAGCUACAUAGAUCGUAACACAGAGAACUAUGGUUGUGUUGUUGGUAGAGUCGCCAACAGGAUUGCUGAGGGAUCAUUCCAACUAGAUGGAGUUCAAUAUAACCUGAGCAAAAAUCGCAGUCCACAUCAUUUACAUGGCGGCCAUUUAGGGUUCGACAAGGUAAACUGGAAUGCCACGGUGGAUGGUACCAAAGUAAUUUUCAGCAGAGUAUCAAAAGAUGGUGAAGAAGGUUAUCCAGGAAACAUUCUCAUCAACAUUAUCUACGAAGUUAAAGAUGAUGAUACGUGGUCCAUAGAGUAUAAAGGAGUUACAGAUAAGAAAACUAUUGUUAAUCUGACUAAUCAUUCUUACUUCAACCUGGCUGGUCAUGAGACUGGAGCUGAAGAAUUAUACAACCAUGUUAUUAAUAUUAAUGCUGAUAAGUAUGUAUUGACCAGAUCGGAUUGGAUUCCUACAGGCAAACUAAUCAAAAUAGCAGGAACACCAUUGGAUCUGUAUACGCCAAAGCGUUUGGGCGAAUUUAUAGAGUUCUCGAAAUUAUUAUUCCACCACAACUUCUGUGUUGCUACAAAUGGCAAUAAGGGCAUGAAUUUCGUAUCCCGCGUGGUGCACCCAUCAUCAGGCCGCUUCAUGGAGGUGUACAGUGACCAGCCCGGAAUCAAUUUCUACACGGGCAACUUCAUGCCCUCUGAUGACCUUCCAUCCAUUCCUGGUAAAGAGGGUGUCGGUUACCGUCGUCACAGCGGCCUAUGCCUCGAAACCCAGAAAUAUAUCGAUGCUAUACAUCAUCCAAACUUUCCUUCAAUAGUCCUGAAGCCAGGGGAAGUUUAUACGCAUAAAACGGAGUACAAAUUUGGAGUGGUUAGGAAUGGGAAUGGAAACGCUAAACUAGCACAGAGGGCGGCCUUAUCACUAAAGAGUGAUCUCUUCUAG